AUGAGCUACUCGAAUAGAAGUUUAGUUGACUGGCUCGACGACCUCUGUGUCCGCUUCAUUGUCAAUUUACCCCAAGAAGAAUUGCAGUCUGUAGAGCGAAUAUGUUUCCAGAUCGAGGAAGCCCAAUGGUUCUACGAAGACUUCAUCCGCCCCAUCGACCCUAACAACCUACCAUCGAUGCACCUGCGCAAAUUCUCCCAGCUCAUGUUCCAGCACUGCCCGCUAUUCUCAGAGUAUUCGGCAGAGCUACACCAGCAGGCCUAUGAGCAAUUUCUCGCCUACAAGACGCGGGUGCCGGUGCGCGGCGCCAUCAUGCUUAAUGAAGAGAUGACACACGCCGUACUAGUCAAGGGCUGGAAGAAAGGCGCAAAGUGGAGUUUUCCUAGAGGAAAGAUCAACAAGGAAGAGGCGGAUCUCGAUUGCGCAGUGCGAGAAGUCUGGGAGGAAACUGGCUAUGAUCUGAGGCAGGCCAACCUGGUCGAGCCGGACGAGCAUAUGAAGAAGAUUACCGUCACAAUGCGCGAGCAGAGUAUGAUGCUAUACGUCUUUCGCGGCGUACCCAUGAACACAGAGUUCGAGCCACAAACGAGGAAGGAGAUUUCCAAGAUAGACUGGUACAAGCUUACGGAUCUACCCAUGUUGAGGCGGAAGAACCAGGCGCAGCAGCAGUAUCAGGGAAAUGGGCAAGAUUUGAUCAAAGAGAGCAGCUUUUACAUGGUCGCUCCGUUUCUUGGUCCGCUGAAGCAAUGGAUAAAGCAGCAAAAUAAGCUUGGGAGGCAGAGGGCACGGAAUAGCGCCAACAUGGCUCCAGCUCCCGUGGUAGCGACCGACGACGAAGACUUCCAACAAGGAAUCUACGAGGCCUCGGCCAACGAAGCUGAACCCGUCGCAGAUACGCAACCGACGGAUAAUUUCGCAGAGAUGGUGGCCAGGCUAGGUCGAGGCCAGCCCCCCAGUAACAACUUGCCUGAGCUGUCCGAAGACCGUCGAGAACAACCACAGCAAAGCGAGGACCCCGCCGAGGCCCUCAAGCGGUUACUCAGUGUGGGCGUUCAGACGCCGCCAGUUGAGGCUCCGAGUCACCCUGCUCCGGGACCGCCACAGCCAAAUUCGCUCCUGGCCCUGUUCAAGCAAGGCAAUACUGAGCCUGGAGCUCAGCAGCCUCGCACGCCAUUCGAUCAGAUGAUGCCUCCGCCUAUGCAACCUUCAAGCCCUCAUGCCCCUAACUUGAACCAACAUGCCAUGGGACUGUUGAAUUCUUUCAAGACCAACACUCAACAACCUGCCGUCGCGCAGUCGCCUCAUCCCAGCAUAGCAGCACCUUUACACAGAAGCCUGCAAACAACACCAAAGAUCGAACAUCCGCUUCCUCAACACAGGCCGCACGGUCUUGUAUCUCCUCAAGGCCAGUUUGCUCCCAGCCCACCCCAAUAUCAGUCACCGCCCGUCGGUCCCAGCUUCGUGCCUGAGCAACCAAAGCCAAGGAACCUCCAUCAGGACUCCUUGCUGUCGUUGUUCAGGGCCACACCACCGCUAGCAAGUCCAGAGGUUGCGCCUGCAGAGUUGUCUGCUCUUCCCAAGACCCCAGGAUAUCCAUCAGCGCACCCGACGGCGAAUUCGUCAAAGCCGCCUAAUAAUGCCCUUCUUGGAACCUCUGCCACAAUGCCUACACGAACGAAGAUAACAUCAGCCACUGUUAGCGGGCCAGUCAAUGCUCCAGACUUUGAAACGAUGAAGAAGAACAAGCAGCCGACAAGCGGGAGCUCGCGUGGACCGUCGCCAGCCACGAACAUGCCUUUCAUGCCUCAGCAGAUCCUUAAACGCGCACCACAAGCUUCACCGCAGAGCAUGGUGAAGGUUCCCCCUCCGUCGCAGCAAGCUGUAGAAGUUUUGGGGUCACCCCAGGCAGCGUUCAAACCUCAGAUCCUCAAGAGACCCCAGCAGCAACAAAACAAGGCGCAUGUGCCGCCUAAUGGUAAGAACAUGAUCGAUCACGCACCAGCGACCAAACCGACCCCACAUGCGCAAGGCCUGCUAGACAUGUUCAAGGGACCCUCACCUCAGCCCCCGCCAGCUCAAUUGGCCAUGGCGCCGUCUCGAUCGCCCGUUCCCCCAGCGUCUUCCAUGGAUCGACGUGACUCUGUUCCCUCGGACCAGAAGAAUGCUCUGUUGUCCCUUUUCGGCAGCAAGCCUUCUCCCUCGCCUCAGCCUCAGAUGCAUAGCCCGAUACCACCAGCUCGUUCCCCUUUCCCGCCUACACCCAAGAAGACCAUGUCUGGUGUUGUCAGCCCCGUCAGUCCAUUGCCCGCAAAUGGCAGUGCCGGUGCGACUAGUCCAGAAGGCAUGGCGAACAGAAGCAGGAUUUCCAGCAUCGGCGAUGGCAGCGGCAUGCCCAGUAUUGUCAUCCCGAAGGCCCCGACGAGCCACCCCGCCGACUCGGGAGUUAAUGUGGGACAAGACAAUGGUGUCAGUCUAGUUGGUCUUGGUAGCCAGAGUAAGACGGCCAGCGCAACAGAGGGAAAGAGUCCCGUAGACAAGUCUUUCUUACUAGGUUUCCUAGAAGAUGUUGCUCGGCGUGGACGCUAA